AUGUGUGUUACUAACGCACGGGACAGUUUGAAGAACUGGUAUACUGCCAACAUUGAGAAGACUGACUAUGAGAAGGAGAAGGUCUUAAUCCACUAUCGCCAGUGGAGCCAUCGCUAUGAUGAGUGGUUUGACUGGGCCAGUCCGUAUCUGAGACCCAUGGAGAGGGUUCAGCUGAGGAGAGAGGGACGGCAGGAAGACAGCUUUAUCCCUUGGAUUUUUUUUAUCGUAGCAGUUAGAAAACAAGCUUUCCACAACCCCAACCGUUUCAGCAGAGAGCCAUUAUACAGAGUCAUCAGAAACCAGCCUCCACCGGUGCUCUCUAUCAACUUGGACCAUAAUCCAUAUAAAUGUGGCGUUCCUGGCUGUGCAAAGUCUUUCCGGAAAGCAAAACUCCUGCACUAUCAUAUGAAGUACUACCAUGGAGAUGAUCGUCUGAUAGAACCUAACCAGACCAGGGCAAUGGACAAACACACCACACUUAAUAAUCAGGAUAGCUCUAAGAAGAGGUGCAUUACAUCACAUGAGUGUGCGCAGAUGUCUGUGAAGAGACUCUCUCUAGCGCCCCCUGUUGUCAGUGCACAGAAUUACCAACGGUGGCCAUCACUGAAGGACAAGACCAGAGAGAAUCAGCUAGACAGCAACAUGCAUAGAUACUUCAACAAGGAAAGAGAGAGGAGGUUUAUGGAAAUGGAAGGUGUGAAGGAGCGUGACAGGCUAAAAGAGAAACAGACUAGAGACUUUCUGCGAAUUAAGUUAAAGGAAAAGAAAAAAAUGAGAAAAACCACAUCAGAUGAGGAUAGCAUUUCUGAUAGGUCCUCUGACAGCUGUGGAUGGAGUGAAGAUGAAAUGGGGGUGGAUUUGGACGUCAUUGCCUCACCUCUCAGCUGUAGCUCUGUUGCCUCGACUACAGGAAGUCAGAAAACUGUCCGUUGUGUGUGUGAAGUGGAAGAGGAAAAUGACUUUAUGUUACAGUGUGAAGAGUGCCUGUGCUGGCAGCAUGGAACCUGUAUGGGCCUUCUGGAAGAGAAUGUUCCAGAACGAUACGCUUGCUUCAUUUGCCGGGAUUCCCCAGGGCAGAUCAGAGGUCAGAGACAGCGUCUACGGUACUGGUAUGACAGGGACUGGCUUAGCACCAGCCAUAUGUAUGGCCUCUCUUUCCUGGAGAACUACUCCCAUAAGAACAGCAAGAAGAUUGCAGCCACUCAUCAGCUGUUAGGGGACGUUCAGCAUGUGGUGGAAGUCCUCAAUGGCCUGCAGCUCAAAAUUAGUGUGCUACAGAGCCAAAGUCAUCGAGACCUCAAGUUGUGGUAUCAGCCAUGGAAACUGACUGAGAAAUCCAGGAUGAAAACCAUGGCUCUUCCAGACACAAAAACAGUUUCUGCAUCAACAUCCUUGGAUGCCAUUCAAUGUAAAGAGCCCUUGACUUCACCCUUUCAGGACUACAUUAGCAGUGAGCAUUGCUACCAAAAGCCACAAAAACUGUACCAGGUAUUGGAGCCGAGGCUGGUGCUGAAGACACGGGUUGAGUCGGUGCUGGAAGACCGAUUGCACAACACUGAGACAAUGCUGAAGAAUGACCAACACUAUAAUGGAGAGAUCCAACCAGCACUACUGAAGACACCUAGUACUCAGCUGUUCAACCACAGCAUGGUGAGGGCCACAUCACAUGAGGUUAAUAUUACAUCAGGGAUGGCCAGUGUUGACCCUGGAGAGCCACAGUUCUCCAGAGUUCAGCUCCAACCCUAA